ACUUCCAAAAUUCCAAGCACCAAUUUCUCUCCAUGCAUCGAACUGUGGCACACUUCUGCCACACACCCCACCACCUUUUUGGUCCAAAAAUGAGCUCUCAACACCCACUGCACCAACCCAUCUUACACUCCGAACCUGAACCGGCAGCACAAGCCUCCAGAGAUGGAGAAGGUGUGGACUUUCUACUCGAGAAGGUGCUAUCCGACACCCAAUUGCCCUCGUUCAAGCGAUUCAGCUUGGCCACAUGGAUUGAACUCAAGCUCCUCUUUCGUCUUGCUGCUCCCGCAGUCUUGGUUUAUGUCAUUAACAACUCCAUGUCACUUUCCGCUCGUGUCUUUGCCGGCCACCUCGGCAAUCUUGAGCUCGCCGCCGCCUCUCUUGGCAACAACGGCAUCCAACUCUUGGCUUAUGGCCUCAUGCUAGGCAUGGGAAGUGCAGUGGAGACUCUAUGCGGGCAAGCCUACGGUGCCCAGAAAUAUGACAUGUUAAGCAUAUACCUUCAAAGAGCAACCAUAGUCCUAUCUCUCACUGGCCUCCCACUUCUGGCAAUCUUUCUUCUCUCAAAACCCAUGUUGCUUUUACUCGGCGAACCGCCCGCCGUGGCCUCAGCCGCCGCCGUAUUUGUCUACGGUCUAAUCCCUCAAAUAUUUGCCUACGCCGUCAACUUCCCCAUUCAAAAGUUUCUCCAAGCACAACGAAUUGUGGCCCCGAGUGCUUACAUAUCAGCAGCUACUUUAGGAGUGCAUUUGUUGCUGAGCUGGGUUGCUGUGUACAAGCUGGGUUUAGGGUUGAUAGGUGCGUCUCUUGUUUUGAGCUUGUCGUGGUGGAUCAUAGUUGGGGCCCAGAUUGUUUACAUCUUGGUGAGUAGUCAGUGUAAGCUGACUUGGAAUGGUUUUAGUUUGCAAGCCUUUUCUGGGUUGUGGGAUUUUUUCAAGCUGUCGGCUGCAUCGGCGGUGAUGUUGUGCUUGGAGUGUUGGUAUUUUCAGGUGCUAGUUUUGAUUGCUGGGUUGCUCAAGAACCCCGAGCUUGCCCUAAAUUCUUUGGCUGUAUGCAUGUCGAUAAGUGGAGUGUUGUUCAUGGUUUCAGCCGGGUUCAAUGCAGCUGCAAGUGUGAGGGUGAGCAAUGAGCUAGGUGCUGGGAAUCCAAAGUCAGCAGCAUUCUCGGUUCUAGUAGUAACUUUGGUAUCCUUAACUUUUGCUGUUGUGGAAGCUGUGAUUGUGCUCUCCCUCCGUGACGUAAUCAGUUAUGCCUUCACUAGCGGUGAAACUGUGGCAAAGGCAGUCUCGCACCUAACUCCAUAUUUGGCCGUCACUCUCAUCCUUAAUGGGAUUCAACCAGUCCUAUCCGGGGUGGCUGUUGGAUGUGGGUGGCAAGCAUUUGUGGCAUAUGUGAAUGUGGGAUGCUAUUACGUGGUUGGAAUUCCAUUCGGCUGCAUUCUUGGGUUUAGAUUCGACCUUGGCGCUGAGGGAAUAUGGGUGGGGAUGAUUGGAGGAACACUGAUCCAGACCUUAAUUUUACUGUGGGUAACAUUUCGUACGGACUGGAAUAAAGAGGUGGACAAGGCAAAAAAUCGCGUGGAGAAAUGGGACGACAAGAAGCAGCCUCUACUAAAAGGUUGAUGGCAUCAAUGGCUGGCUGAGAUCAGGGCCGAUCCAAAUAUUUUGGAGGCCCUGAGCAAAAAUAAAAAUAGGGCCCACAAACCUACAAUACGCACAAAAAAAUUAUGUUUUUUAUGUGAUUUUUUUCUUAGGUAUUUGAAUUUUUAAUAAUUUAAAUAAGUAUUUUUCUUUGUCGGAUAA